AUGGCCCACAUUGAGCAGUUCACCGAUAAGCAGCUGCAACCUGACGGGCCCACUUUUUCCCCAAAGGCGUUCAUCAUCUUUCUUUCUUGUCUCAGAAAGAGAAAAAUGAAGGCUCCGUUGUUUAUUGGCAUUUUUGUGUGCCUUGUCAGUCUCACUUCAUCCACAUGUAUGGCCGGUCCAGAGUCCUCGUGCAUGGAGGGGUGGAACGUCGUUUGUAGCCGACCAUUGGCCGACUUUACCGUCAAGAAAGCCAAAAGAUUCUGUAAGAAAAUGCGGAACGGGCAGGUAGUCAAAGGACAGUGUGUAAUAGCGGGUGGAUUGGGUGUAAACACGAACGCAUGUUGUACGCUUGGGAAGUAAACAAAAGAGCAGCAUAACGAAGAGAGGACGGAAAGAUUUGAACUCAAGACUAUUUUGAUGCGAAUACAAAAACAUCAGUGAUGAUGAUUUGAGCGUUCCUUUCACGUACGGUGUCGUUUUCCCAUAUUAUAUUACAUGAGGGUUAAAUAAAUACAUCAGG